UUCCGUAGAACACGAGGAAACACGGAAGUGGCGGGAACUUACCUAUGAAAGAGCACCUGCUUCUGCUUUACUUUGUUGUUAGCUACCGGAAGGGAUAUCUCGUGAAACAACAAGUCAGGAAGUUUGCAAGGAUUUUCAGAUACUGACCAAUUCCACCAAAAGGCGGUGGAAAGAGGAGAUAUAUUAGAUAGAGACGUCAACAUCUACCUGGUCGUCUAAAUACAUAUCAACCAUGUCUGGUUCUAAUCGGGCACAGAAGGUCGGACUGGGGUACGAGGUGGAUAAAAAAAUGGAACAAAACUAUGACCGCGAGGAGGCAGCCGGAACUCCCGCCGCCGUGGUCACAUGGGUCAACGCGGUAUGCGCGGGAGAGCACGACGCCAUUCCCAGCCCUGAAUGGAAAACCAUGUGCACCCACUUAAGGGAUGGCGUCAUGCUCUGCAAACUGAUCAAUAAAUUAUUGAAGGCUGAUGGCAAGUCGCCAAUUCAGUUCCAGAAGAAGGUGAUGUCCCCGUUCGUUGCCAUGACAAAUAUUGAAAACUUUAACAAAGGUGCACAGGACUACGGUGUGUCCAAAGAAUUUACGUUCCAAUCUGGAGACUUGUGGGAAGUACGAAAAGGUCCCUUCCUUAACGUAUUGAACGGCGUCCAUAGCUUAGGAUUUGUUGCCAACGGUAAAGGCGUGAAGCCCAGUUACGAGGGAGAUAUUAAAAAAUCGUUGGACUUGGAGUAAACGGUCCACCCGAGUAGUUUGUUCGCACUAAGCUAUUGUCAUUAACUGUUACAGCAUUUCUUACUUCUCUUUACCGGCAAAUAUGUUCGUAAUGAAAUUAUCGUUGGUGAUUCGAAACAAUGCGAAUGGGCUAUUAGUAUGUAGAAAACUCGGAAACUGAAUAUUAACCGGCUAAAUCACGCAAAGUGAAUACAAUCUAACAAUGUUGAAACACAGAUACAUGUAUGACGAGUUUUGUUCUUCAGGCAAACUCCAAGAGUUAUAUGCCAUCCUAUAUGGGCGAAAUCACAAAGACCAUUGAUCGGGAAUAAAUCACGUGCUCAUCUUUGAGGGAUGACGUCAUCAUAACAGCCCUUUUGAUAUUUAUAUUUGGAACUACAUCAAAGUCCAUUGAACUCUUCUUUUGGCACAACUCUAUCGCUAUCCUGCCACGUCGACCUACAAAACCAACGUUGAUCAACCCUUCUUGAAUGCUAUUCACGAAAAGACUAUAUGAAAUGAAAAAUGUUUCUCUUUAUCAAUUAAAAUAUGCACUUCUGUUUCCUUUUUAUAUUUGCAAAAAUGUUAUGUCUACAGUUUAUGUUCCCUUUUUUACGUUCACUGAUGUAAUCUACAAUGUUGAGGGCUAGGGUACUUUACUUUAUAAAAUGCUGUUAGCGCUUUUCGUAAAUGCAUUUUUUUUCCGAAUUAUUUCUGCUUUCGCACUGUCGGUGGACCGAACUAUGUCUUGAAAGAAACUGCUUGUAAAAUAAAUUAUUUCAUAAUUGUU